UUUAAGUUUGUUUUGAGUUGACACCCUGUUUAUUAUGACAUCCGGCCUUAAAGAAAUGUAAACAAACCAAAAAGUAGAGUAUCAAAUUGUAGAUUGAACCUUGCGAAAGCGUUUUACUGUUAUUUUUAAGGAGUUAUAAAAUCUUUAAUAUAUAUUAACUAUAUUAUCAAGCUUAAUUUAUUACAAUAAUAAAAAAAAUGCCUCCUGUAAAAAGAACUAGACGGUGUAAUUUAUAUGGUGGUAGCCCUUCUGAUCUUCCUAUUACAGAUCUAGCAACUUAUGGUGAUGUAGCAAGAUUUUUCUACAAAUUAAAAGAUUUAGAUGGUAUUAAAGACAAAAAUAUUAUUGUUCAAAGAACGCUUUGUAGUUUAAAAGAAAUAUGGUUCAAUUGCAAUUCCAAAUUAGUUUUGUUACCUGAAAAAAGUUUGAUUGUUAAACUUUUAAGAUUUUAUAAUAAUGUUAUUUCUUGGAAUGGAAAUAAAAUUAAACCUUUGACCAAAAAAUUGUUGGAAAAAAAUAAAGAAAAACUUUUUGAUUUGCUAGCAUGUAACUGCAAGCUUGAAGGUCUUCCUUGUGAUGACAGGAAUAUCAAAUGCUCAGGUUGUUCAAAUGUGCAUCUUUACUGUAGUUGUGUUGGUAGUAAAAAAAGUAAAACUUCAAUUUCAUCAUUAAAUCAGACUAGAUCAAAAAACUAUAACACUACCCACUAUCCCAAAUUUGCUUUAGAGGUAAUUAGAUAUGGAAUAUCAGAUAAAGCAGCUGCCGCUGUAGCUAAUGCUCUACUUCAAGAUAUUGGUUAUCUACAUCUAAAUUAUGUAAUUGAUCCAAGUAAAAUGAAAAGAGAGAAAGAACGAGUAUGCUUUAAUGCUAGUUUUGAGCAAUCUAAAGUUUCAAAUAUAAAGGCAAUUGGUUUGGAUAGCAAACGUAAUAAAAACUCAUUAGUUUAUGAACAGAGAGAUAUUGACGGUGAAAUAAAUCUUUGUAAAUCUACUAGCACUGUAAACCACUUGACAUUCACAAUUGAAUCAGGCGAGUUGCAAGGUCAAUAUCUAAAGCACAUAGAUGUACCUAAAGAAAAAGGUAAAGGAAAAGAUCUUGCUGAAUUUACCUGUAAUGUUCUCAAGGAGUUUAAGAGUGAUAAAAGUAUCCAGGCAAUAAUUUUGGACAAUACAAGUGUUAAUACAGGUAAAGAUAAUGGUUUAGUUGCUUGUCUUGAAAGAAUAUUGAAAAGAAGAAUUCAUUUAAUUGGCUGUCUUCUACAUGUUAACGAGUUACCAUUGCGUCAUUUAAUUUCUAAACUUGAUGGUUCUUCUAAUAGCUCAAAUAAUUAUUCGGGACCAGUUGGAAAAUCUUUGACAACUCCAAUUCAUUUAAAUUUAACUGUUGACUUCAUACAAGUUGAGACAGACAUUGAAUAUCCUCCUCUGUGUGUCAUUAAAGACCUCUCUGCUGACCAGAGAAUGCUACUAGAAUAUAGUAUUGGAAUUUCUAGAGGGUUUUCAGACAAUAAGUAUCUGAGAAAAAAAAUAGGCCCUAUUUGUCAUGCAAGGUGGCUGACAACAGCAGUACGGAUCUUGGCACUAUACACAAGAACAAUCAAUCCCAGUAGAGAGCUCAAAAUCUUUGUUGAAUAUAUUCAAACAGUAUAUACUCCUGUGUGGUUUAAUAUUAAAAAGUCUAAAAAUUUCACAGAGGUUCCUAAACUUAUUUUCCAAUUUAUUCAGCGGAUUUUGAGGUUAGAUACUGAAGUUCAAGGUAUUACAUUGCCCAUAAUUUAUAAAAACUCUUUUUGUCUCCAACCUGAAAAUUUUAUUGCUGCUCUACUUUAUUCUGAAGAACAGGUUUAUAGAACAAUUGCUGUUGUUAAGAUUUUGGAAACAAGAAAAACUCUAAUUAAGGAUCCUAAAAAUGGAUUAAAAGAUGGUAUUAGGGUUAAUGCCAUUCCAAUUAUUGAUUGUAAAUGUAAAAACUGGUCAAAAUUAAUAAAUCUGUAUGAUAUAGACUGUUUUGAGCCCCCUUGUGUGGAAGAUAUAUCAAAUGAGGAGCUUUUGAAUAUGAUACCGAAUCAGGGAAAGGCUCCCAACUUUCCGUGCCACUCGCAAACGGUUGAAAGAGCAGUGAAAAUGACUUCUGAUGCUAGCGGAAAAUUUAUUAACCUCAAGAAAAGAAAUGCUUAUAUUCUAGCUAAAUGCCAAAGUCAAAAGAAACGAAAAUAUUUUAGAACAAAGAAAGAUUAUACAUUGUAAUUUGUUAUCAUUUCUUUAAAUUAAUCUAUUUGGUAAUA